AUGCUGACUCGGUCUCCCGCUUCCGCAGCCGCAACCUCCCCCACAACAACCGUGACCGUGACCGUGACUGCAGCCGCAACCUCUCUGAGACCGAGUCGCGGCGCCGCUCCCCAUGGUCACUUCCACUAUGCCCCUACCCCUUCACUUCGAGAAGCAGCAUCCCGGAUCCCGGCCCUCUCCUCUCGCCGGCAAUCCGCAACCGCCCCCGCCACUUCGUCCACCUCUCUUCCCAUUUCAAUCCAGUCACGACACGGCCCAGCACCGGUAGCCUCCCACACCUCCUCCCCUGUAGCCUCCGACCCCGGCCUCGGCUUCCCUCCCUCGUCCCGGCCUCAGCGCUGGGCAGGCGUCGAUGUAGCGGCCCAGUACUCGCCCAUGGAGCCGAUGGAUUACACGACCGGCGCCCUGCUUUCUAGUCAAGCCGCUUCUUCCUCGAACAACCAAGCCGUCGCCCGAGGCUCAAUCGAGUCCCGGCCUUCACAUAUACCUAACUCCGUCGGGCUCAUGGCUUCCCACGAGGAGCAGGCCUCGGCCUUGGCCUCCACAUCAGAAGCUACCGCUGCUCCCAUUCCGCAUGGCCCGACAGUGGCCGUGGCGGUGCCUCCGACUCCUGGGGUCUACUCAGCGGCGCCCCAACCGCAUCCGUUGUCACAUACUCCUCAGACAGGUACCCCCGUGAAGAGGAGAAACUCGCAAGGCGACGUCACCCACAACCAAGUUGAAGCGGCGAGCACCGGGCAAAGCGGUCCGCACUCCCCUAAGCGCGCGAGAUUAGCGCCCAAAAUUGUGUCCCGGCGAUAUGAGCACUGUCCGGUCGAAGACCUGGUUGUGCUUAUUGCGCACAUGCUGGGCGAGCUUAUUGAACUUAACGACGAAGCGGCUCAGAAAGUGGGGCAGCGUCAUAACCUUACGAGGUUUCACUCCCGAACGACACCUGGAAUAUCGGUUUUGGAUUAUCUCCACCGACUCGCAAAACAUGCCUAUCUGUCACCACCAAUACUUCUCUCCAUGGUUUAUUAUAUCGACCGCCUUUGCGCACUAUACUCGGACUUCACCAUUAACACACUUACCGUUCAUCGAUUUCUCAUAACAGCCGCUACCGUUGCCGCCAAGGGGCUCUCAGACUCCUUCUUGACCAACACACUAUAUGCGAGAGUGGGAGGUGUCAGAGUUGCGGAACUUAACAUGCUCGAGUUGGAAUUCCUCCACCGCGUCGACUGGAAGAUCGUGCCCGACCCUGACGUCCUUGUGGCAUAUUAUGGUGGACUUGUGGCCAGAUGUCCAGGAUAUAUACUGGAAUGUCCAGAACCAGAAGAAGCAGACGACGAAGAUGAAGAUGAAGAGCUAGACGAAAGCGAUGCGAUAGGCGACGACGACGACGACGAUAUAAACGGCGAAGGAGGAGAAAGGGAAGAGGAGACGACUUCAAGCCAAAGGGAUAGACAUGCCACGUAACCAAGGUGUUCUUCGGCUCAAAUCGAUCAGUCAUGUCCGAUCUGGAGCUGGUGUAUAACAACGGGACGUGGCAGGAGACAAAAAAAUAGAGUACAUAGGGAAUCAAACCAACGAAGGGCGCAAAAAAGAAAAUCAACAGAGGAGAUCAUUCGGACAAAAGCGACCGGGAAGUAUCUGCCGGAAAAGCAAAAGACUAUGAGGCGCCUUUUGAAUUGUCGGGGCUUGUCUGAGGGCAAUCUGCCUGCGGGACGGAAGCAAUGGGAUAUCAAAUGGAAAUAAACGGGAAUUAUAUGGAGGGAGUGGAUACAUUGGAAGAAAUGUGAUCUUGGUUAUCGAAGACAGCAAGGACUCAAGCUGGAAGAGUAUUGCUCCCGUCCCGUCCAAACACUACGUUCGAGUUACAACGCCUGGGUUGAGAGGGGGAUUAUGACAGGAUGACAGAUAUGAGAUGAUUGGUGUGUCCUAUGAAGCACCGCGGCGAAAUAGCAAUCUUUUUUGGGUGGGGGAGAUGAAUGGGCUGUUCCUUUACCUGGCACUCUUAUAGGAAUAGCACUUUUGGUAGAUACCACUGAGAACAGAUUUCCUCUUUCUAGUC